AUGGAUAUUCGUGAACGGUACCGGUUUUUCCCGGAAACUAUUCUGUUUCUUGUCAACAUGCUGAAUUUGGAGAGGGCUACUGAACGUUCUUGUCCUCUUCCGCCGCUCAUUUCAACUUUAGCGGCAUUGCAUUUCCUUGCAACUGGCACACACCACAUUGUGACGACAGGGCUUCAUGGAAUCCCAAGGUCCAGUGUAUCUAGAGCGGUCAAGCAAUUUACAGACAGCGUGUGUCUUCAUCUAAAUGACUUCGUUUUCUUCCCAAAUAUCGAAAAUGUGCAACGGACGGUGCAAAAACAGUUUUACAACAUCGCUGGUUUCCCCCAAGUGGUUGGUGUUGUUGAUGGGACACAUAUCCGUAUUCAAGCGCCUAGCGCCAACGAAGACGAUUAUGUGAACAGAAAGGGAUUUCACUCCCUUAAUGUACAGAUGAUUUGUGAUGCCACUUUUCGGUUUGUUGACGUAGUCGCAAAGUGGCCUGGGAGCGUUCACGAUUCAAGGAUCUUUCGUGAAAGCGCCAUACGUCAGCGUUUUGAAAGAGGUGAAAUCGACGGUCUUCUGCUUGGUGACUCUGGCUAUGGAUGCAAGAGGUAUCUUAUGACACCAUAUCAAAACACCGACAGUCCUUGUAAGGAACGGUUUAACAUAUCCUUAUGUCGAACAAGAGUGGUGAUCGAGCAAGCUUUUGGCGUUCUCAAGCGUAGGUUUCCAUGUCUACAUUAUGGACUUAGAGUAAAACCUGACAGAGCAGCCAAAAUAACAGUCGCGUGUGUCAUUCUUCAUAACAUUGGAUUAGAGAGGCAAGACAUGUUUUCACGAACAUGUGAGGAUGACACGGAUCAGCCACAUGUUGUUUAUGAAGGAGAUGGGUCUGGAAACAGUUACAGAGACCACAUCGCAGAAUCUUUCUUUUAAGAACAUAUAGUUAUAUAAUAACAAGGGCUGUAUGCAAAACAUUCACAGUCAUUUUGAAGAUAACUAAACAAAGAUUCAUUCACAUAAUGAUAAACUAACAAAGUAUUAUAUCAAUAGCAAAAAGAUAAG